UUGACAGUUGACGUUUAACCAUCUGGCACGUUGACUUGACGUUUCCUAGUUAUUUAUUUUGUAGGUUAGAAUUGUAUUUUCGUGUAAAUUGCCCCUAAAUGUUUUCUCUACGCAUUGUUGUACUAAAAUGUCUUCUGCAUUAGUGCGACAGGCUCUGGAACUCGUCGACCAAGAAGACAGCGGCGAGGCGAAGCGCGGUUCUCGUAAAACGCGGCCGCGACACGGGGGUCAAGAUCACAGGAACUUGUACAAGAGUAAGAGUAAGAAGCCGCGGGAGCCGGUCAAGUCCAAGGAGCAGUUGUCCGCGGAAAACAUCGACAAGCUGCUGAAACUGUCGACGCGCGCCGCUGACACUAGCCUGGCCGACAAGAUCGUAGCGCGCGCCCUCCGCCGCAAGCCGCUCGCAGACGACGUAGAAGUCAAACAAGACGAACACAAGUCCAUACUCUUCCCUGAAGGAGAGACCUUCGAGGACUUCGAGAAAGAACUAUUCUGCAGCUAAACGUAACAUAAUCAAGAAACUAAUCAAGCAGACCAAUCUAUGCUGUAUUGAUCAUUGCGUAAGAUUGAAAUUCGUAUGUUAAAGUGAUGCGUAUAUAUGGACAUACCUGAUGCGGUGAUUGGCAAGCUGGUCCUGGUGACAACCAGUGCUGUGUUUGUAGUUCUGUGUCUGUGGGUCAACUCGUACCCAUUCAUCGACGAAGAGUCGUGGGUGUACGGCGCGGUGCCGGACCCGGCGUGGGCGCUCGCGUCGUGCGGCGCGUGCGGCGCGGUGCUGGUCGGCGGACUCAUGUUGUUCACGCUGUACCAUCUACACACACAGCUCUAGCGCACACACACACAGCUCUAGUGCACGCACACACCGCUCUAGCGCACACACACACACAGCUCUAGUGCACGCACACACCGCUCUAGCG